AUGGCGUCGAUUGUGAAGGCCUUACGCCCCAUAGCACAAAGAGCAACAUGUACAGCAAGGCCAGCUCUACGACCGGCUCGAGCUUCUAGAGUAUACCAGCAUGCAAGACCAUUAUCCGCCACCGCCCGGCGGCGAGACGACGACGUCGACAUUAUACCCACCCCCAUAACACACAUGUCCGAGAUCGAAACCAUGAUGGCCGAAUCCGUAUCCAAAUUCGCCAACGAAGUGAUCCUACCGAAAGUCCGCGAGAUGGACGAGAAAGAGUCAAUGGACCCCGCUAUCGUAGAGCAGUUGUUCGAGCAAGGGCUGAUGGGCAUUGAGAUCCCCGAGCAGUACGGAGGCGCGGGCAUGAACUUCACGGCUGCUAUUGUGGGCAUUGAGGAGCUGGCGAGGGUUGAUCCCAGUGUUAGCGUUAUGGUGGAUGUGCAUAAUACAUUGGUUAAUACGGCGAUUUUGAAGUAUGCUAGUACUGAGUUGAAGAAGAAGUGGUUACCUAAGUUGGCGACGAAUACAGUUGGUUCAUUCUGUCUGUCCGAGCCUAUUUCUGGAUCCGACGCUUUUGCUCUUGCGACAAAGGCUGUCAAAUCCGAUUCAAGCUACAAGAUUACUGGUAGUAAAAUGUGGAUUACGAAUUCAAUGGAGGCGGAUUUCUUCAUUGUAUUCGCAAACCUAGAUCACAGCAAGGGUUAUAAGGGUAUCAGUGCCUUUAUUGUUGAAAAGGGAAUGAAGGGAUUUUCUAUAGCUAAAAAGGAGAAGAAGCUCGGUAUCAAGGCUAGUAGCACAUGUGUGCUCAAUUUCGAUGAUGUUGAGAUUCCUCACAGCAAUCUCUUGGGUGAAGAGGGACAGGGUUACAAAUACGCCAUCUCGUUAUUGAAUGAGGGACGUAUUGGUAUUGCUGCUCAGAUGACUGGGUUAGCAUUGGGAGCUUUUGAGAAUGCUGCAAAGUAUGUGUGGAAUGACCGAAAGCAAUUCGGACAGCUAGUCGGUGACUUCCAGGGAAUGCAACACCAGAUCGCUCAGUCGUAUACUGAAAUUGCCGCCGCGCGAGCUUUAGUAUACAACGCAGCUCGUAAGAAGGAAGCUGGCGAGGACUUUGUGAGAGAUGCUGCGAUGGCGAAGCUUUACUCGUCACAAGUUGCUGGGAGAGUGAGUGGGCUUGCUAUUGAGUGGAUGGGAGGGAUGGGAUUCGUACGUGAAGGUAUUGCUGAGAAGAUGUGGAGGGAUAGCAAGAUUGGAGCGAUUUAUGAGGGAACGAGCAAUAUCCAGUUGACUACUAUUGCUAAAUUGUUGAAAGCGCAGUAUGUAUCAUAG